AUGGCCCUCCGCCCGGCCUUGGCGCUGUUGCUGCUGGCCUUCGCGGCGCCCGCGCGCGCAGGUGGGUCGCUGAGGGCGCUCUCCAUCUUCGGCGGCGGCGGCUGCAGCAGCCCGUGCGAUUGCCUGGGCACGUGCGGCACUCCCGCCGCGGAGGCGCUGAGCGUCUGCAGCGGCCGGGACGGGUGGUUCAGCAACAAGGAGGAUGUGAUCCAAGGGCAGGAGAGGGAGAACUGCGGGUGGCUGGGCGGGGACGUCGCGGUGUGCAGGACGGCCUGGGGCAAGCAGCAAGGCGGCGACGAGGUGCUGGAGCUCGCGCGUGAAUCCGCCCUGGCGUGCAUGGGCUGCACCGCUGGCUGCGCGGCGUGCGCCGGAACGGCCCUGGCGGCUGGACUCACGAGAGAGGUCACAGAGCAAAUGGCCACGCUGACGAGCGAGAUCAUCAGGAGCCUGCGUGAGGGCGGGACAGAGUUUGCGGCCAGGAUGGAGGCAAGCGUGACGGCCUUCCUGGGGGACUUCGUGCUGGGGCACAUGGAGAACGUCCUGAGCGGCGACUUCAGCGGCCUGUUCUCGAACUCCUGCAUUCCGGGGGCCAGCGGGCUCGACCUCGGGGUGCGCGCCGGGGUGGCGUAUUACGGCGGAGAAAACUGCGUCUGUGGCGCGUGCGUGCCCGCGCUGAACGCCAUGAGGCCGUGGGUAUCGUGGUACAUUCGGGCCAGGGAUUCCUGCUAG